GAGUUGGGCGGCAUCAAGUUCAGGUAAACCGGAAAAUAAUUUUUCGCGAAGUACCUGAUCUCGUUCGGCAGCCAAGGUGAACCGUCAACAGCCAGGAUGGGGAAUCGUGCGCUGGGAUCGCGCAACCUCUGCCGGCGCCUCGAUUACAUCUGCCUCAAAUUCACUCUGGUCGCGUACGCUACAUUCUUCUGGAUAAUAGGAGGAUUAAUCCUCUGUAUUGGGAUAUAUGCAGAGGUUGAAAGACAGAAAUACAAAACACUGCAAGGUGCCUUUCUUGCUCCAGCUAUUAUCUUGAUUGUCCUCGGAAUUCUGAUGUUUGUGGUUUCUUUCAUUGGUGUCCUAGCAUCUCUCCGGGAUAACUUGUGUCUUCUUAGAGUGUUUCUCUAUACACUUGCAAUUGGAUUGAUACUUGAAUUGAUGGGUGGAAUUGUGGCAUUGAUCUUUAGGAAUCAGACAUUAGACUUUAUAAAUGAAAACAUCCGCCACGGAAUUGAGCAUUAUUAUGAUGACCUGGAUUUCAAGAACAUAAUGGAUUUUGUCCAAGAGGAGUUUAAAUGCUGCGGUGCACGUGAUUUCACAGAUUGGUCAGCAAAUAUGUACCAUCGUUGUGAAGGAAGUGUAACUGGUCCACUAGCUUGUGGUGUACCAUUUUCAUGUUGUAUACGUAAUAAGACAGAUGUUGCCAAUACAAUGUGUGGCUAUAAAACUCUUCACAAGCAUCGCCUCAGUGUUCUUCAAAUCAUCCACAUUCGUGGGUGCACAGAUACCGUACUGAAUUGGUUCUUGGCACACUACGUGGUUAUGGCUGCACUUUUAUUGGGUAUAAUAGUGCCACAGUUUUUUGGGGUUCUGAUAACUUGGCUGUAUACCACCCGAGUGGAGGACAUCAUCUAUGAGUACAAUGCAGUGGAUAUUGGUCUGAUGAGCGGACGGUCUUAUGGACAUCAAGGUGCAGAUGUCACUGCAUCAGGAAGAGGAUGCUGUUGGUGUUUACCUAAUCCUGAUGAUGUUGUAUAAAACUUGUUAUGAGGGGGUAACAACAUAGUGUAAUAAAUGCUAAGGAGGUACAACAGUUCUAUAACACUUUGUAAAGGUUCUGAUAAUCAAAGCCCGAGAGAGAGAGAGAGAGAGAGAGACUAGAGCAACAAAAUCACAAAUCUAUAUCUGUCAGAUGGCUCAGGGAUAUAAAGAAAAACAAUUUUGGAACUUGCAGCAAGUUUAAUAGAGAAUGAGGCAUAAUUUUCUAUGUCAGUGAGAUAUGAUAGAAACCACAAUGAAAUUGUUAAGAUAGCAUUCAAAUUCUCAGAUUUUAGUAUAGCUGCAUUUUCAGAUCUUAGUAUACCAGCAUGUUUUGUGCUGCCUUGAUUGAUAUCUUUCUGCCCUACUAUUUUUUUGCAAAUUCUUGUUCUUACUAUUUACUGCAAUGAUGCACUAUAUUGUAUUGGGCAUUCAAAAGCCAGUAGUGAGAUUUCCUCAUGUUUUGGUGUAAGAACCAGCAUGCUUCCCUGCUAUGCUGCAACUUGGUGUUUGCUACCUCUCAAUCUUGCUGCUGCCUCUUCAGUGUAGCACAGUGAUGUUUGCCACACCCUUCCGUUCCACCACAAGGUGACACUAAACAUUUCACAAAUUAAGACAAUAUCAGAAAGAAGUAAUCUUUCAUAAUUUUGGCCAGGGAUGAAUUGUGGAUAUGGGCUACCCUUGGUAUUGAUUAAAUUUAUAUUUACAAAGAUGGCCAAAUUGCACCCAUUCCUCCUGUGUAAGCUGUUAGCUUACAUUAUUCACCGACCCCUAUCCGGUAGUUCUGGGUUUUAGGUUGCAAUAAUAUAAUGAAGUGCUGAUACUGACAGGGAGUAUGUGAUUUUUUGGGGUUUUGAGUGGAUAUGUGUACAAUUGAUUUUUUUUAAAAAAAUAAAUAAGUGAUUUUGC